UUUUGGGGCCUUACCAAACUCCAAAGCGCCCAUCUGGAGCUGGUCUCGCUCUUCCCCUGUUCUUCCAACCGCACCUCCCUUCGCAAACGAUGGAUCCUGACACCGAAAUCCAAUUCGAGUUCUUCCCUUUCAUCCGCCAGUACAAGAGCGGCCGCACCGAACGCUUCUUUCCCAUCGACAAAGUUCCCCCAGCCGUCGAUCCCGACACCGGCGUCACCUCCAAAGACGUCGUCAUCGACCCGGACAUCGGCGUCUCCGCCCGCCUCUACCUCCCCAAUCUCCCCGACACCCCUCCGAAAAAGCUUCCAGUCUUCGUCUACUUCCACGGCGGAGGCUUCGUCGUCGGCUCCGCCUUCAGCCCCACCACCCACGCGUACCUCAACUCCCUCGUAGCCCGAGCCAACGUCAUCGCCGUCUCGGUGGGCUACCGCCUGGCCCCCGAGCACCCGCUUCCCACAGCCUACAACGACUCCUGGGCGGUGCUGGAAUGGAUCGCCUCCCACGCCCCUGGCGGCGGCGCCGAGACAUGGCUGGCCGAGCAUGGAGAUUUCCAGCACGUCUACUUGGCGGGAUGCAGCGCGGGCGCCAACAUAGCCCAUCACAUGGCGCUGCGCGCAGGAGCGGAGGAGCUCGGAGGUGGGGUGAGGAUAGAAGGGGUAAUAUUGGUCCAUCCCUAUUUCUGGGGCAAAGAACCAUUUGAUGCAGAGAUCGCGGAUAUGGAAAUAAAGAAGAGGAUGGAUGGGCUCUGGACACUCAUUUGCCCUGGGACGGUGGGGUCGGACGACUCGCUGAUUAACCCGGUGGCGGAGGCGGCGCCGAGCUUGAAGGGAUUGGCGUGCGAGCGCGUGCUGGUUUGUGUCGCGAAGUUGGAUCUGUUGAGGGAGAGGGGGAGGACGUACUACGAGGAGUUGAAGGGAAGUGGAUGGGGAGGGGAAGUGGAGUUGUUUGAGUCCGAGGGGGAGGAUCAUGCGUUCCACUUCGAGAAGCUCAACUCUGAGAAAGCUUUGGAGCUUAUGGCGCGUGUGGUUGAGUUUGCAAAUGGCAAUUGAAGACUCUUUGGAAUUGGGGAUGCUGGAAAUGCCUUUUUUUUUUCUCUCUUUUUCCCCUGAAAUCCUGGUUGCUGUCCUGCUUCUGAACAUGGUGAAUCCCAUCAGAAAAAUUUGGUAGAUUUCAUGUUGAGUCUAUAUAUGUCAUUUUGGUUCGUAAUUUUUUACUUGUCUCUUCUCUCAUGUCCUAUCAUUUAAAUUUUAAAUUUUACCAAUAUAUGAAUAUUUUCUCCUCUA